AUGAACAUCAGCACAACCAUGAACCAACCCAUGUCCUUCACCACAGCGCCCUACAGCACUGUCCAACUUCAAACCUGCCCUGAAUCUUUUACGGACUUCUCGCCAGUUCCCCUUUACGAGGACUUCAACAGCACCGACUUCAAUUCUGACUCUGCGGGAUCCCCUGUAUCGCCCAUCUCCUCUGUGCCAAGUGUCAAUUAUUCCCCACCUGGUGAUGAAUGGUUUAGAUGGGCAAAGUUUGAGCGUGAGAACUUUGAGUGUUUCCCAGAGUCCAAAGACUGCUUCAAGCCUAAGCCCUACGACGGACCCAUCAUCUCGAACCUCCCACCCCGGCCUAUUACCGCAAGCCCCUCCAUCAACCCCGUUGAGCUCUCGCUACAGGUGCCCACGACAACACAAGACCUUAACUUCAACUUUGAAGACAUAAACACCAACUCGCCACUGUUCCAGUCCCAAGUCAUGGGUGUAACACUCCCCUCGCAACACCCCGCACCAGUUGCCCUUAUUGAGCAACAACAACAACAGCAGCCUAUCGAACUUGCUGAGGAUGUGAAGCGUUACCCCUCGCGGAGCAACCUCAAGCGUAAGUCUUCCUGCUCUUCGUCUUCCGAUGAGGAGGAACAUCGCCCGGCUAAGCGCAUCUCGCCAUCCCCGCCGCGCAGCAGCUCCCGCAGCCCACCGACGACCAACAAGGAAAAUAGUAUCUCCCCCCCUUCCGUGACAGCACCCAAGAAGACGGCCCACAACAUGAUCGAGAAGAGGUAUCGCACCAACCUCAACGACAAGAUCGCCGCGCUUCGCGAUUCUGUCCCAUCUCUUCGCAUUGCAGCCAUGCGCAUGGAGAGCGGCAAUUACGAUGAUGAGUGCGAGGGCGAGGAAGGGGAUUUGAGCGGUCUGAUUCCGGCUCCCAAGCUCAACAAGGCUACCAUCCUCAGCAAGGCGACGGAGUAUAUCAACCAGCUUGAGAGGAGGAAUCGUGGUUUGGAGACGGAGAACAGUGCGCUAAGAUCAAGAAUGGAAGGAUUGGAGAUGUGUUUGAUCAGCCGUAGUGGUGGUCCGUCCGGUCCAUGUGUGUGGAACGGCUAGGAACGGUUCAGGUGCCAGUGGAGAUGUGAUGUGCACUUGAGUGUAUUGUUACUUGCCUGGAUUAGAAGCGCCUCAG